AUGGAGCAGGUAUUGUGGGAGAUAAUAGAAGUUGUCACUUGGUUAGUGAAAAUGAGGGUGGUGGAGCUUUGGUGUACAAUUCUUGUCUUAUUUGCUUUGUUGAUAAAUGGGAAAGCAGAGGUUUAUAUAGUAACUAUGAAGGGAGAGCCUGUCAUAAGUUAUACAGGAGGUAUCCCUGGUUUUGAAGCCACUGCUGUGGAAUCCGAUGAGAAGUUUGACACCACCAGUCAAUUGGUCACUUCCUAUGCCCAUCACCUUGAACAGAAACAUGAUAUGCUUCUUGAUUCUCUAUUUGACCGUGGGACCUACAAGAAGCUCUACAGCUAUAAGCAUCUUAUAAAUGGUUUUGCAGUUCAUAUUUCCCCUGAACAGGCAGAAACCCUGAGGCGUGCCCCUGAUGUGAAAUCCUUGGAGAGAGAUUGGAAGGUGAGGAGACUUACAACUCACACCCCACAAUUUCUGGGGCUUCCAACUGGGGUUUGGCCAACAGGGGGUGGCUUUGAUAGGGCUGGAGAAGACAUUAUAAUAGGGUUUGUAGACUCGGGAAUUUUUCCACGCCAUCCAAGCUUCGGAUCUCCCAGCACUGACCCAUAUGGGCCGCUUCCAAAGUACAGAGGAAAAUGUGAAGUUGAUCCUGAUACCAAGAAAGAAUUCUGCAAUGGAAAGAUCAUUGGAGCCCAACAUUUUGCUGAAGCUGCAAUUGCAGCUGGGGCAUUCAAUCCUUCCGUUGAUUUUGCUUCUCCCAUGGAUGGAGAUGGGCACGGAAGUCACACAGCAGCUAUUGCAGCUGGAAAUAAUGGAAUUCCUGUGAGAAUUCAUGGCCAUGAAUUUGGGAAAGCAAGUGGGAUGGCUCCCCGUGCUAGGAUUGCUGUGUACAAGGCACUUUAUAGGCUUUUUGGAGGCUUUAUUGCGGAUGUGGUGGCUGCUAUUGAUCAGGCUGUUCAUGAUGGAGUUGAUAUACUCAGCCUCUCAGUGGGUCCAAAUAGUCCUCCAGCAACAACCAAGACAACAUAUUUGAACCCUUUUGAUGCUACACUUCUUGGAGCUGUGAAAGCAGGUGUAUUUGUUGCACAGGCAGCUGGAAAUGGUGGUCCUUUUCCAAAAACUCUGGUAUCUUAUAGCCCUUGGAUAACAUCUGUGGCUGCUGCAAUUGAUGACCGAAGAUACAAGAACCAUCUGUACCUGGGAAAUGACAAAAUUUUACCUGGAAUCGGUUUGUCACCUUGUACACAUCCAAAUCAAACAUAUACCUUGGUUGCUGCAAAUGAUGUGCUGCUGGAUUCUUCAGUGAUGAAGUACAGUCCUUCAGACUGCCAAAGACCAGAAGUAUUGAACAAGCACUUGGUGGAGGGGAACAUUCUUCUUUGCGGUUAUUCCUUUAAUUUUGUUGUUGGUACUGCAUCUAUCAAGAAAGUUGCAGAAACAGCCAAGAGUCUUGGUGCUAUUGGAUUUGUUCUUGCUGUGGAAAAUGUUUCUCCUGGAACGAAGUUUGAUCCUGUCCCUGUUGGUAUUCCUGGGAUUCUAAUCACGGAUGUUACCAAAUCACUGGAUCUUAUAGACUAUUACAACACCUCUACACCAAGAGAUUGGACCGGACGAGUGAAGAGCUUCAAAGGUACAGGAAGCAUUGGGGAUGGCUUGACGGCUAUUCUUCAUAAAUCAGCACCACAAGUGGCACUAUUCUCUGCUCGAGGGCCCAACAUAAAAGAUUUCAGCUUCCAAGAUGCUGAUCUUCUUAAACCAGAUAUCUUGGCUCCUGGAUCUCUCAUUUGGGCUGCUUGGUCUCCUAAUGGAACAGAUGAGCCAAAUUAUGUCGGAGAAGGAUUUGCCAUGAUAUCUGGAACUAGCAUGGCAGCGCCACAUAUAGCAGGGAUAGCUGCUCUUGUAAAGCAGAAGCACCCUCAUUGGAGUCCUGCUGCCAUCAAAUCAGCCUUAUUGACGACAUCAACAAACCUGGACAGAGCAGGAAGGCCUCUUCAAGCACAGCAAUACUCUGAAACUGAAGCCAUGAAGCUGGUUGCAGCGACACCCUUCGAUUAUGGGAGUGGUCAUGUUAACCCAAGGGCUGCUCUGAAUCCCGGACUUAUUUUUGAUGCUGGUUAUGAGGAUUACUUGGGUUUCUUGUGCACCACUCCUGGCAUUGACGCCCAUGAGAUACGGAACUACACAAACACACCAUGCAACUUCACUAUGGGUCACCCAUCAAAUCUCAAUGUCCCAUCAAUCACCGUCUCCCAUCUAGUGAAAACUCAAACAGUGACUCGCACCGUCACAAAUGUUGCAGAGGAAGAAACCUAUGUAAUCUCAGCCAGAAUGCAACCAGCCGUUGCCAUUGAAGCUAACCCUCCAGCGAUGACUCUGAGGCCUGGUGCAUCACGGAAGUUCACAGUAAGUCUCACUGUUCGAUCAGUGACUGGAACAUAUAGUUUUGGUGAAAUUUUGAUGAAAGGCAACCGAGGACACAAAGUAAGGAUCCCAGUAGUAGCUAUGGGAUAUUGGCGAUAG